AAACCGAAAAUAAAAACCAAAAUAAAUCCCAUUCUCCGUUUCGCCGAAACCCUAAAUUUCCACCAUUUUUUGAAAUUAUCAAAUAUUUUGGAUCUCCGAUGGAAGAAGACGAAGAGAUCCAAUCGUACCCAGAGGUUGCCAUUACCGGAUCUGCAUCGCCGUCACCGCCGUCUAAUAGUCGUGUAACCAUGGCGGUAGCCGCCUCGCCUCAUCCAAAUUCGCCACCUCCAGAUGAGCAGGGUCUGCACGAAAAGGCGAUAGUGCUGGCGCUUCCGCCGCCGCAGAAGCCGAAGAGCAACGGCGGUGGAAGGGAAGACUGCUGGAGCGAGAGCGCCACGGGGGUUUUAAUUGAUGCGUGGGGAGAGAGGUAUUUGGAGCUGAGCCGUGGGAACUUGAAGCAGAAGCAUUGGAAAGAAGUGGCGGAUAUUGUGAGCAGCAGAGAGGGUUAUGCGAAAACUCCGAAGAAGGAUAUUCAGUGUAAGAAUCGAAUCGAUACGGUGAAGAAGAAGUAUAAAUUGGAGAAAGCUAAGGUUGCCGCCGGAAAUGGGCCGAGUAAGUGGGUGUUUUAUGAGAAAUUAGAUCAACUUAUAGGACCAUCGGCGAAGAUUCCUUCUAAUACAGCUUCCCCGGCCUCUGCCGGUGGUUGCAGUGGAAGUGCUGACUUUUUGUCUAAAGUACCGAUGGGGAUUCCGGUCGGGAUCCGAUCCAGUUUGAAUCCAUAUCGAAUUUCUCAAGUUCAAGAAAGAAGACGACAACAACAACAACUACACCAACGACAAAAGCAACCGAGAAUGGUUGUAUUGAAGAAUCAGAAGAAACAGGGUCCAGUGGAUAUGGACUCCGAGGACGACGGGGAUGAUGAUGAUGUGGAUUCUUUCGAUAGUUUACCACCGCAUCCGACAGGAAAGAAGGCAAGGAGAGUGGUCCAUAAGGACGCCAAUUCAGGUGAAAAAAUAAGAAAAUGGGGGAACUCGGUUAGGGAACUGACUCAGGCGAUAUUACGGUUUGGCGAAACGUACGAGCAAGCGGAGACCGCAAAGCUUCAACAAGUGGUGGAAAUGGAGAAGCAGAGGAUGAAAUUCGCCAAGGAGAUGGAAUUGCAGAGGAUGCAGUUUUUCAUGAAGACUCAGCUGGAGAUUUCGAAGUUGAAGCAAGGGAAAAAGGGCGCCGGAAUCAGCAACUCCGGUAAUCAUCAUAGCAAAGUUAAUAAUAGUAAUAACAACGAUAAUAGUAACAACAAUAACAAUAGUGAUUUUAGUAUUUGAGCUCAGUAGAGGAUUGGAAUUUGAUUAGUGGGUUAGAUUUUGUGUUUAUUUGUUUGUAACGAGUAAAGACACUAGAUUUGUAUUCGAAUUUGUAGGGUUUGUUUUUUCAAGUGUAGUUAUCAUGCUUUUCUUUGUUGUACUUGAUUUAUCACAAUUGAACUGGAAGAAAAGUUAAGAUAACGUGUACUAUGUGUUAGUGACUAGAUGCUCUAUUAGAUUGUAUCCAAAGAAAUUUCUCUUGAAUUCA